AGCUUGAGUUCGGAGAGAGAUCCCUAAGAGAGGGAGAAGUGCGCAUCACCCACCAACCUAGACGAGUCGGGUUCGUGGUUUUAGCUUCUAUUUUCUUCUUCUCAUCUUCCCUACCACCCGACUUACACCACCAUCUGAUCCCCUCCUUUCCACCCACCAAAUUCCCCAAGCCACCCCCACCUAGCUGCCGGCCCCCUUACCCGAACCCCAAGCAAGCCACCGGCCACCCCCUAGCCCUUACCCUCUUUUGGAUUUAUUUCCUAUUCUAGAUUGCCAUAAUUUUGGUUAGAUUUUGAAUUCAAAUUCACCCAAUUUGAAAUUUGGUGAAUUUGAAUUCAAAAUCUUUCCUAAAAUUAUAAAAUCUAUUUUAGGAAAGUUUCCCAAAUUGAAUCAUUUUGAAUUUCAAAUUGGAUUGGGAUUUAAUUAAACAUUUCCUAAUUCCUAAACCCAAAUUAAGAAACCCCAAAUCCCUCCCCUAAAUCCCUUCUAGGCCCAUGAUGUCGCUGACCACAUGAAUAAAUCCUUGGGAUUUGUUUCCAAAUCUCCUAAGCCCACUCUUAGAAAUCUUUCCUUAUUCCUAUUCACCUAUUUGGCCGAAUUUUCCUAAAGUCUACACCUCCUAAUUUAUUUCUAAAACCAAAUAUUUGAUUUAGGAAAUAAAUUCCUCUCCCCACCUCCCUCAUGCCGCCGCCCCCUUCUCUCUACCCAUCCCCUCUCUCUCUCUCCACUCCUCUCUCUCUCUCUCUCCACUCCUCUCUCUCAUUAACUCUCCUCCCCAAUUUAAGGUGACUAAAUUCCUCUCCUAAUUUUCUACUCUCUUAAUUCCAAAAUUUGAAAUUUAUUUCAGAUUUUUGAAGUUAGUUCACUCCAUCAACCUAACCCUAACUCCACGUGUGGCUCCCCUUCUUUGGCCGACCUUCUCCUCCCCUUAGCUCCUACUUCUUAUGAGAAUCCCUCUUCUCUUAGGAACACCUAAGAGCUUUGAAGGCGCCAUCGAUACCACCAAUUACACAAAGCCAUUGCAUGGCCAAUCCUGACACUGACUACGGACUUGCCUAUAACGAACACGGUUUUGUGCAUAUUCUCCAUUCAACCUUCUUCGACGUCAACCCGAGGAUCGACCAUACGAUUGAAGACUACAAAGAGCGCAUCUUGGACACAUUGAUUGAAGCUAUUGAAGAACAACUUGAGAUCGUCGAGUGGAGGAUUGCAACCGAUCAUUGACGAAGGAAAUUCUAAGCCAUGCCGAUGCAAAGAUGCCAGUGGCUUUACAGGAAUCCUCGACCUUCUCAGUCUUGGGAAUUUGUGUAUUACAGAACAGCAUUUUGAAUACGAAAACGAUGAGCAACCAAUACAUUGAUUCUUCCUCAAAAAGCAGAAAGGGUAAAAUGCAAUGCAUUGAAGUGGAAGGUAAUGCUGCUUUAGGUUCCAUCUUUAAUGACCAUAUGCAUAAUUCCUCUGAUCAGAAAUUACGUACAGAAAGAUCACCAUUUGAAUGCGCUGGACGAUAUACAUGUGGCUGUGAGAAGCUAGAUCCUUCUAUGGAUACUCAAAGGCAGGAUUUAAUUAGAUGUGGGAACUGGAUCCAGCUGUUCUCUAGAUUGCAAGGAAGCUCCUGUAAAGAGGCUAGAUGGAUCCCGGAGUUCGAUCACAUUCAUGAAAAUGGUGUUAUGUUGUCCAUAUCAGGUUUCCAUUUGGUAAUUUAUGAUCUUCCGGCAUUUAGUAAACAUCAUUAUACUUUGAGCUCUGGGAGUUAUUCUAAGAAGGCAGCCUCCACUCCCUUCAGAAAUCCAAGUUGGGCGAACCACUUUCAAAAACCACCAUUUACAGAUCUGGAAGCAGUUGUGUCUGCACUGAAUUGUUCAGAUGCUGCUAAGCAACUCUUGCAGAGACGUUUGUUUGAGAAAAUUCCUACAACUCAUUUGUCAUUAUGUUGGCUGACACCAAAGCUAUGGUAUAUGCUUGCAAUUUCAUUGGCUUCGAUCUCAUCAGUCAUUUAUAUUAUAUUUCAAUUGUUUUACACGGUUCUGAAUUUGAAACUUCACAAGUUAGCAACCAUAAUUUUUAAGGUGGUCUUCAGUCACACAUGGAAACACGUGCACAUUCGGAGUUGCCAGUUUUUAUACUGGCCAAUCUUUCUAGGUAGUGGCUUCAGGUCACAUUCAAAUGCUGAAUUUGCACAUAGAGAUGCACUAAGGAAGCAUUCUAUGUGGUCUGCUGUGGCCGUGGAUGUUCUGUUGGGAGCAGUUUUUGGACUUGCUAUUUUGGUUAAUAUUGAAUUUAUUGGCUAUUGGAUCAACUUUGUUGCCCAUAACAUCACAGAGAAUGUGUUGCGCUCAGGUUGCGUGUGGUUAAUGGGUGUUCCGGCAGGCUUCAAGUUAAAUACUGAGCUAGCGGAAUUUUUUGGCAUGAUUUCGCUUGAUGCAAUUCAAACAUUUUCCACACUGUGGUUGUUUAUGGCCUCUUUCCUGCACCAUUUCCUUGGAGGGUUUGCAUUAUCUGGGAUAUUAUUUGGCCUUACUGUACCUGCUGCUUUAUUGAUCGAUAUGCUCCGACUUGUGACAUUGCAUGUAUCCACACUUCACUGGUUGAUAUCUUUUAUUUAUUCGCAACAGAUCCAAGCCUCGGCAUCUUUAUGGCGUCUCUUUAGGGGGAGAAAAUGGAAUCCUCUUCGGCAAAGGUUAGACAGUUAUGAUGAUUAUUCGGUUGAGCAGCAUGUUGUGGGUUCAUUACUGUUUACGCCCUUCUUACUUCUACUUCCAACGACAUCAAUCUUCUACAUAUUUUUCACUUUGUUGAGUACUACGCUUAUUCUCAUACGUUUCUCAAUAGAGAUAACAAUUUCAAUACUUCAUGCUACUCCUUAUGCUGAAAUCUUACUAUGGUUGGCAAGACGAAGAAGAUUUCCCUCUGGAAUAUGGUUCGAUAUCAUUUCUGGUGCAAACUCUUUUUCUUCAGAUGAAAGAAGAUUCAAUGGAAUACAGGAAACUGCUCUCUCCAUCCUCCAUAGCAAAUAUGCUACGCUUGGUUGUUUUAGUGGUAUAAAGAUGAAGGAAAUGAUUUCAGGGCAAAUUGUCUUUCCAUGCUAUGCCAGAGUCUUCGGAAAUAUUAGUACAACAUUCAGUAGGCGAUUAGCAUCUGGAAUUCUUAGCGGUCAAAGAAUCCCGUCGUGUUUAGAUACUUAUAUUCCGUCUACACUACCUUGGAUGCACAUAAGCUUUAGAGAAUAUUGGAGGCUAUGUUAUUGUUCAAUUGUUGGGUGCAGCCUAUCAUAGCAGAGCCAGAACAGCAUGUUUUUUUUUUUACAUUAUUUUUACUACACAUCAUUUUUGGCGUAAUACAAUUCCAUUUUAAAUUUGCAUUUUGAGAUUGCAUUUGCUACCAUUCGGCCAUUUGGGAGAAGUGCGCGUUUUGAAACAGUUUUGUAUUUCAGGCUCUGUCGAAGUGUUUGUGGUUUUACUCUGAUUAGAUGACUUCCAUGGUAUCAACUGUGCUAAUCCCUGAAUGAUUGUUCCAGAAAGACCAUUCAAGACAGCAUUCUGGGGCAGGAGAGCAAACACCGACAUGAAAAGGAUGGUUGGGAGUUUAUCAUCAUGUAUUCCUUCUCAAGUCAGGUAUUCUUUUUGUGUAGAGUAGGAAAAAGUAAUUAAGGUUUAGGAGUAUGUUAUCUUACAUUAUGAAAAAAAGAAGAAGCUAAAGAGAGGGACAGUUCAGUCAAGCACAAGGGAUAUGUUUGGUUAGUGAUUACACCUAAUUUGCAACAUUCAUUAAGAAAACAUAUUGAGUUGAUUAAUUGAUGGUGCUAAGUAGAGAAAUCAUUCUUGAAAGAAUAUUUGUGUGCUUUUAAAUUUCGCGAGGAUUGAAAUGGGAAAUUUGACUUUA